AUGGGCGUCUCAACGCUCCAGGAGCAGCAUGACGUCAUUAUCGACACUAUCAAGAACAUUACCCAAGGCGACUGGAAAGUCCUAGUUCUAGACGAAGGUUCCAAAAAGAUCCUGGACAAUGUCGUCAAGGAAGAUGACAUUCUCAACCACAAUAUUGCCAACAUCGAGCGCAUCGAGCAGAAGCGAGAUAUGAACCCCGAGAUGGACGCCAUCUACAUCUUGUCUCCGCAAGAAAACAUUGUCGAAAUCCUCGUCAACGACUUCGAGCGCCGCAGAUACAAGCAAUCCUACCUCGUGUGGACCGGUGUCUUGGACCCGAGAGUUCGUCGCAUGAUUGACGGCUGCCCGCCCGCCAAGCAACGCAUCGCGGGGUUCGAGACCUUAUCCAUUGACUUCUUCCCUCGCGAGUCACACCUUGUGACGUUCAGAGACCCCUGGAGCUUCCCAAUUCUGUACCACCCCGCUUGCAACAACUUGGUCGCGCGUCACAUGAAGAUUCUGGCCCAAAAGAUCACUGGCGUUUGCGUUACGUUGGGUGAAUACCCCAAAGUACGCUACUACAGACCGAGAAACCCUCUGCACGAAGCUGCAGUACUCAGCUCCCAUCUCGCCCGGUUUGUACAAGAAGAAUUGGACGAAUACGCGCAAUGGAACCCCAACUUUCCACCACAGUCGUCGCGACCUGCGGGAACUCUCGUCAUCACAGAUAGGUCGAUGGAUAUUUUGGCACCGUUGGUGCACGAGUUCACAUAUCAGGCGAUGGCUCACGAUCUCCUCCCGAUACAAGACGGCGACAAGGUGACAUACCACAUGGUCACCAACGGCGGCACCCCGGAAGAAGAGGAAAAGGAUAUGGAGCUGUCAGAUAAAGACCCCGUCUGGGUAGACAACCGUCACCGGCACAUGAAGGAUACCAUCGAAAAGCUCAUGUCAGACUUCCGAAAGUUCUUGGCCGACAAUCCGCAUUUCGUCAACGAAAACCAAGACACGACGAGUUUGAACGCAAUCAGGGACAUGCUGGCUGGGCUGCCGCAAUUCCAGGAGAUGAAGGAGGCGUACUCACUUCACUUGAAUAUGGCACAGGAGGCCAUGAAUAUAUUUGAAAAGCACAAGCUACCGGACAUUGCCUCGGUCGAGCAGACUCUAGCGACAGGAUUGGAUGAGGACUUCAAAAAGCCCAAGAAUAUCUUGGAUCAGGUCGUGCGGCUGUUGGACGAUGAUGCUGUUUCGCCUUCCGACCGAUUGCGCUUGAUCAUCCUCUACGUGCUUUACCGAGACGGCGUCAUUAUGGAAGACGUUAACCGACUGCUGGCACACUCCGGCCUACCGCAAAGAGACGGAGAGGUCGCAGUCAACCUCGAAAUGUUGGGCGGCCGCCCCCUGCGCACCGGCUUGAAAGACGUGCGGCCGCCCCAGCCGCCUCUGUUCCCAAAGAACACCAAAUCUGCGGAAGUCAGCGAGGAAUACUCGCUGUCCCGCUUCGAGACGGCGAUGCAGACGAUGCUCGACGAGCUCAGCCGGGGCACCUUGGAUCAGACGACGUUCCCCUACGUGAAGCCGCCAGCGGACCCAAAUGAGGACCUUUUGGCCUCCCAGCAAGGUUCACUGCGCGCAGGCAGGCCGAACUGGGCGGCAGCGGGCCGAAGACCACCAGAAAACCGACAGCGUUACAUUGUCUUCAUGGCCGGUGGCGCGACGUACAGCGAGAGCCGCGCAUGCUACGAAGUCUCGGCCCGCCAAGGCAAGGAUAUUUUCUUGGUGACCAGCCACAUGCUCACACCACAGCUCUACGUUCGUCAGGUAGGCGACUUGGGCAGGGACAAACGCACGCUCGAUAUCCCCAUGGAGCGGCCGACACCCCGUGCGCCGGCGUGGGUCUACGAAAAACCCGCCCCUCCACCCAACCCCAUGGCGCAACGGCCUGCCCCUGGCAUGGCACCACCAGGUCAACCGGCGGCAGGCCCUGGCCGGAGAGCCCCGGCGCCGGGCGGUCUUCCGAGCCGGCCCGUGGCGCCACCGACGGCUCAGAUGAGCAGCAUGAGCCUCAACGCCCCUGCGCCCGUUUCGAACGGAGGCAGCGCCUCGCCUGCGCCGUCAGACGGCGGAAAGCCGCAUAAGCUCGAAAAGGACAAGAAGAAGCGCAACUUCCUGGGUAUGAAGAAGAGUCACAAGGACAAGGACAAGGACAAGCACUGA